AUGGAACCCCCGAGAAUUCCGGGAAUGUUUUAUGGAAUGGUUCCGUGCCUCAGUUUCCCCCGUGAAAGCCGCAGCUCGGCCUUCUGGUCCACGGUACGGGAGAAGUCUCUGGGCGGGCGGGAGUGGAGCGAACGCUUCCGCCUGCUGCCGGCCACCUUCGACGCGCUGGUGUCGCGGCUGGGCGCGGCCAUCGGCCGCAGGGACACGGCCAUGAGGCGAGCGGUGCCCGCCGAGGUGCGCCUGGCGCUCACCCUCAGCCGCCUGGGCUCCCGCACCGAGUACCGGGCGCUGGAGGCCACCUUCGGCGUGUCCCGCAGCUCCGUCUGCAAAAUCCUGCGGGAUGUUUGCGGGGCCGUGGUGGCGAUCCUGGGCCCGGGAGAGGAGGAGGAGGAGGAGGAGGAGGAGGAAGGGGAGGAACGGCGGAGGCUGCACCUGCCCAGGGACCCCCGGAGCUUCCCGGGGAUUUGGGGAGAGUUCCAGCACAAGAUUCCCAAAUCCAGCGGAUUCCGGCUCGAAAUUCCCGAAUCCAGAGGGUUCCGGAGCGAAAUUCCCGAAUCCGGAGGGUCCCAGCUCCAAAUUCCCGGAUCCAGAAGGUUCCGGAGGGAAAUUCCCAAAUCCAGCGGAUCCCAGCUCCAGAUUCCCAAAUCCAGCGGAUCCCGGCUCCAGAUUCCCAAAUCCCGAGGGUUCCGGCUCAAAAUCCCCAAUCCCAGCGGAUCCCGGCUCCAAAUUCCCGAUCCCGGAGGAUUCUGCAGUGAAAUUCCCAAAUCCGGCGGAUUCGGGCUCAAAAUUCCCGAUCCCGGCGGAUCCCGGCUUGAAAUUCCCAAAUCCGGCGGAUUCCGGCCCAAAAUUCCCAAAUCCGGCGGAUCCCGGCUCCAGAUUCCCAAAUCCGGCGGAUCCCGGCUUGAAAUUCCCAAAUCCGGCGGAUUCCGGCCCAAAAUUUCCGGUCCCGGCGGAUCCCGGCCCGAAAUUCCCAAAUCCGGCGGAUCCCGGCUUGAAAUUCCCAAAUCCAGCGGAUUCCGGCCCGAAAUUCCCAAAUCCAGCGGAUCCCGGCCCAAAAUUCCCAAAUCCGGCGGAUCCCGGCCCCAGUUUCGGGCUCCGAUCCCAAAUCCGGAGAAGGAAAAUCCCGAGAGCGGCGAAUUCCGGCCGGGAAACGCCGGGAAGCUCCGGGGGCGCCCAAAUCCCGGCGGAAAACUCGGGAAUUCCACCCAAAAAACGCAGGAGCUCCGAAACCCCGCGGGAAAACUCCCGGAUUCCACCGGAAAACUCCCAAAUUUCGAAUUCCCGGAAUUCCUGGAAUUCCCGGGAUUCUCGGGAUUCCCGGGCCCGUGGCCGCUGCCCAGCCUGGCGGGGGUCCUGGCGCGGCUGCGGAUCCCGAUCCGCGCCCCCCCCAACCGCGGCUAUCGCGACAGCAACCGCGGCUAUCGCGGCAGCAACCGCGGCUAUCGCGGCAACAACCGCGGCUAUCGCGACGACAACCGCGGCUAUCGCGACAGCAACCGCGGCUAUCGCGACGACAACCGCGGCUAUCGCGACAGCAACCGCGGCUAUCGCGACGACAACCGCGGCUAUCGCGGCAACGACCGCGGCUAUCGCGACGACAACCGCGGCUAUCGCGACGACAACCGCGGCUAUCGCGGCGACAACCGCGGCUAUCGCGACAACAACCGCGGCUAUCGCGACAACAACCGCGGCUAUCGCGACAGUCGCGACAGGGCGGGGCACGCGCUGACGCUGCAGGCCACGGUGGACGCGCGCGGCUGCCUCUGGAAUGUGGAAUUCCAGCGGCCGGGAACCGGGAUCCGCCACUCGGCGCUGUUCCGCUGGCUCCAGCGGCGGCGGGAGAGCAGCGGGAAAAACAGCGGGAAAAACAGCGGGAAUUGUCCCGGGAACAACGGGAACGGGAACAGCGGGAAUGGGAACAACGGGAAUGGAAACAGGGGGAACACCGGGAAUUGUCCCAGGAGUUGUCCCGGGAAUUCCGAUGGGAAUCCGGGGAAUGUCCAUGAAAACUCGGGGAAUUCCGAUGGGAAUCCGGGGAAUCCCGGUGAGAACCCGGUGAAUCCCGCUGUAACUCCCGGUGUAAACCCGGUGAAUCCCGCUGUAACUCCCGGUGUAAACCCGAACCCGGUGAUUCCCGGUGCCAAUCCCGCGGUGAUUCCCGCGGUGAUUCCCGGUUCCAGCCCCGUUUUCCCGGCCAUCCCGCCGUACUUCCUGGGCUCCCGGCGGGACCCGCUGCUGCCCUGGCUGCUGCGGCCGUUCCGGAACGGGGAGGGGCUCGGGGGGGCCGUGGGGGAGGCCCGGUCUGACCGGGAGGAGGGCCGGUUUAACCGGGAGGAGGGCUCGGGCUCUGGCCGGUCUGCCCGGGGCUCGGAGGGCGCGCUCCGGUCUGCCCGGGGCUCGGAGGGCUCGCUCCGGUUUAACCGGGGGGCGGCUCUGGCGGCCCGCGGGGCUCGGGGGGCUCUGCGGAGGCUCCGGGGCCGCUGGCGCUGCCUCGGGCACCGCAACGACACCGAGCUGCGCUUCCUGCCCACGCUGCUGCUGAGCUGCGUCCUCCUGCACAACCUGUGCCAGCUGCGCGGGGAGCCGCUCCCGCACCGGGAACAGCGCCGGGAACACCGGGAACAGCGCCGGGAACACCGGGAACAGCACCGGGAACAGCGCCGGGAACAGCGGCGGGAACACCGGGAACAGCGCCGGGAACACCGGGAACAACAACUGCACAACCUGUGCCAGCUGCGCGGGGAGCCGCUCCCGCACCGGGAACAGCGCCGGGAACACCGGGAACAGCGCCGGGAACAGCGCCGGGAACACCGGGAACAGCACCGGGAACAGCGCCGGGAACAGCACCGGGAACAGCGCCGGGAACAGCACCGGGAACAGCGCCGGGAACAGCGCCGGGAACAGUGGGAAUACCGCCGGGAACAGCGCCGGGAACAGCGGGAGAGACAGCGGGAACAGAACCGGGAACAACAACUGCACAACCUGUGCCAGCUGCGCGGGGAGCCGCUCCCGCACCGGGAACAGCGCCGGGAACAACGGGAAUAUCAGGAGAGACACCAGGACAAACCCCGGGAAUACCGGGAACAGCACCGGGAUAACGCCCGGGAACAGCAGGAACAACACCGGGAGCGACACCGGGACCGCCGGAACCGCCCCGAUUCCGACCCAAAUCCCCCCGAUCUGAACCCAAAUCCCCUCGAUCUGAACCCAAAUCCCCUCGAUCUGAACCCAAAUCCCCCCGAUCUGAACCCAAAUCCCCCCGAUCUGAACCCAAAUCCCCUCGAUCUGAACCCAAAUCCCCCCAAUUCCGACCCAAAUCCCCCCGAUUUCAGCCCGGAUCCCCCCGGUUCCGAUUCCCGCCCCAAUUCCCCCGAUUCCAGCUGCGGUUCCAGCCCCGAUUCCCUGGAUUUCAGCCCAAAUUCCCUGGAUUAUUCCAGCCCGAAUUCCCUGGAUUCCAGCCCCGGCUCCCCCCAGGACGAGGAGGAUGAGGAGGAUGAGGAGGAUGAGGAGGAAGGCCGGAGGCUCCGGGCGGCCGUGGUGGCGGCGCUCGAGGGGCUCAGACCCGAAUUUGGGGGUCCCAAGAUGAUUUUGGGGGGCUCAGACCCGAAUUUGGGGGGUUUAAACUCAAAUUUGGGGCUCCCGAGCUGAUUUUGGGGGGAGUUCAGACCCAAAUUUGGGGGUCCCUGGAUGAUUUUGGGGGGUUUAAACCCAAAUUUGGGGGUCCCGAGCUGAUUUUGGAGGUUUAAACCCAAAUUUGGGGGUCCCAAGCUGAUUUUGGGGGGUUUAAACCCAAAUUUGGGGGUCCCGAGCUGAUUUUGGAGGUUUAAACCCAAAUUUGGGGGUCCCAAGCUGAUUUUGGGGGGUUUAAACCCAAAUUUGGGGGUCCCGAGCUGAUUUUGGGGGGCUCAGACCCGAAUUUGGGAG